AUGGCCUCUGGCAUAAACAAGUUUCAUCAGCUCGGGACUUGCAAUGGAUCUAAAGCCGCUCGCAGCAGCUGGGCAGAGGAAUGCAGUCAGGAAAUGAACGUGAAAAUGUGCAAGAAGAUCGCCCAGCUCACUAAGGUGAUAUAUGCCCUGAACACUAAGAGUGAUGAACAUGAGGCUAGCAUACAGGCUCUGAGAGAAGCUCAUGAAGAAGAAAUUCAGCGCAUUCUUGCUGAGACAAGGGAAACAAUUCUCCAGUGCAAAAGCAAAGCUGAAGAAGAACAACAGCUGAGAAAGCGUAUUCAGGCCCUUGAAUUUGAAGUAGAACAACACAAAAGACUAAAGGAAGAAGCCUUGACAGAGUUAACACUGUGGAAGAGGCAGGUGGAAGAGAGGGAGCUGAGAAGAGAAGUGAAACAAUCACAGAAAUUUCUUUCUACAGGCAUUGUAGAUACAAAUGCAGACUUUGAAAACAAGCUUCUGCAUUUAAAUCAGGAGUCUGAUGGACUGCUAAAUGAAGACAAAGCAUCAAGAAGAGCAAAUUUAGAUAAAAAAAUUAUUUUAGAUGAAAAAUACAGUAUGGAAGGACAACCUCUAAUAAAUGAAACGGAAAACAUAAAGACUGAGAACCAGAGAGCAACUGAAAAAUAUACUCAGAAACCAAGCAAACUACAGGCCACUUGUGAGAGAGAAAAAGAGGGUUUGAAAAAUGCUGUGCAGGAAUCUUUGACAGAAACAAAGGAGAAUUGUCAGCAAAGAGAAAUGGAGCAAAGGGAGAGCUCAGAGGCUGAGGAAGGUUUUUUGCUACAGCAGGUAAAGAAGCUGGAGGCAGACCUAGAGGAGAAAAGCCAGAAGAUAAAUGAGAGAGAGAAGCAUUCUCAAAAGCUUAAGGAGAGAAUACAGGAUCUCCAGACACAGCUAGAAGAAUUUAGAAGAAAAUAUGAGUGUGAGCUAAAGCAGCUAGUGAAAGAGAAGGAAAUCCUAACUGGGAAACUUCAAAACUCUUCUCUUGAGGUGGAUCAACUGAAGCAAAUAUUAGAUCAACAAGCAAAUAAUUUCAAGGAGUCACUAAAGAAACAUAAUCUACAGUCCAAUAAAGAAAAAGAGAAGCUCUUGCAGGAUCUUCAAAACACCAUUAAAGAAAACCAGAACGUCAAACUGCAGCUGGAGGCAUCGCAUCAAAAAGUCUUAAAAAUGCUGGAGAAAAGCAAAAAUCAGGAGCUCAAGGAGACAGAAGAACGUUUGAAAAAGGAAUUUAAUGAGACUUACAAGAUCCAGCAUCAGUCUCAUAGGCUGGAAAUACAAACCUUGGAAGAGAAAGCAAAGAAAGAAUUACAUGAUGAACUCGAGCAGAUACAGAAGCAGCAAACCCUGUUGCUAGGAUCUCUAAGAUUGGAGCUCUCUGAGCAACAGACAUCAUGCACUAAUCUCAAGAAACAAAUAGAGGAACUCCAAAUGGAGCUGAGGAGUGUGAGGUCCCUGAAGAAGCAACAGGAAGGAAGUAGCCAGAACCAGAUCAGAUCUCUUCACGAUGAACUGGAAAAAUGUCAGCAUGAAAUUUCUGAACUCAAGAAAGAAAACUUACUUUUGAAGGAAACAAUGGAACUACUCAGUGCUGAGUUGGAGUCACAGAAGCAAGAAGCUGCACAACUUCAGGAUAGGGAGAGACAGCACAGAAGACUUAAAGAAUUAGAAGAAAAGUCAAGAAAGUGGGAGUCCAGAUCAGAAGAUAGACACUUUAUAAGCUGCCUGCAAGACAAAAUAAGUGAGAGAGAAGAGAUUAUCAAGCAACUGGUGGAAGGAAGAAAAUGUCAUCAUUCACUUUUAACCAACACUGAAUCUUACAGGAAUCGAUCAUUUUCUUUCAACCCUAACACAGGAUGCUUGACUCCUUCCAUGAAGAAGAAGAAACCCAUUGAGGUGCCCAGUCGUGUUGUCAGUGUUCCAAAUUUAGUUUCCUACGCAAAGAGCUUUUGGAGCUGUGACUUGAGAUCAAAAAGAAGUGGUCCUCAAAUAAGAAAAUCUACAAGCUUAGACCGUAGUCCUGGCUGCCUCAGGGUGGGAUCUCCAUCAGCACAGCGCUCAGACAGCAGUGCUGCCACAAGGACACAUGGCAACGAACCACCACAAACCAAAGCUGGCCAGACACAAGACCCUCAGCAGCAUCAAGAAUGGUUUACUAAAUAUUUCUCAUUUUAA